AUGGAGCCCACGUCCACGCCCGCCCCCCCGGCGACACCGGAUACCGGGGGCAACGUCACCGCCCCGCCCGCCCACACCUGCUCCUCCCAGUCGCUCCUUGUCAUCCUCAACGACUGCCUCUUCAACGACUCCCUGCUCAAUGACUCCCUGCUCAACGACUCCCUGCUGAACGACUCGUGGUUGAACGGCAGCUUCUCGGCGGGCAACGGGAGCAACUCGACCGCGGCCGAGGGCUCCACCAUCGCCGGCGUGCUGAUCCCCCUCAUCUACAUCGCCGUCUGCAUCAUCGGCCUGGGCGGCAACACGCUGGUCAUCCACAUCGUGCUGCGCUACUCCAAGAGCGAGUCGGUCACCAACAUCUACAUCCUCAACCUGGCCAUCGCCGACGAGCUCUUCAUGCUGGGCCUGCCCUUUCUGGCCAUGCAGACCGCCCUCCACUCCUGGCCCUUCGGCCCCAUCAUGUGCCGUCUGGUGAUGACGGUGGACGGCAUCAACCAGUUCACCAGCAUCUUCUGCCUGACGGUCAUGAGCAUCGACCGCUACCUGGCCGUGGUGCACCCCAUCCGCUCCUCCAGGUGGCGCCGGCCGCAGGUGGCGAAGGCCGUGAACGGGACGGUGUGGGCGGUCUCCUUCUUGGUGGUCCUCCCCGUGGUCAUCUUCGCGGACGUCCAGGGCGGCGUCUGCAACAUCAUCUGGCCCGACCCCAAGCAAAUCUGGAAGGCGGCGUUCAUCAUUUACACCUCCACCGUGGGGUUCUUCUGCCCGCUCCUGGUCAUCUGCCUCUGCUACCUGAUGAUCGUGGUCAAGAUCCGCAGCUCGGGCAAGAAGGUCCACGCCACCUCCGCCAAGCGCCGGAAGUCGGAGCGCAAGGUCACCCGGAUGGUGGUGAUCGUGGUGGCCGUCUUCGUCUUCUGCUGGCUGCCCUUCUACGGCCUCAACAUCAUCAACCAGGUGGUGGCCCUGCCGGAGGAGUCGCAGGGCCUGUACCUCUUCGUGGUGGUGCUCUCCUACGCCAACAGCUGCGCCAACCCCUUCGUCUACAACUUCCUCUCCGACAACUUCAAGCAGGGCUUCCGGAAGGCUCUGUGUCGCUCCUCCCGCAGGGUGGUCAACCAGGACGCCACCGACCACCUCCAGGAGCCGGAGGAGUGCAAGAGGGCGCUGAAGCCCCGGGACAGCGUGCGGAGGGCCAUGAGGGAGGACGAGGAAGAGGAGGAGGAGGAGGAGGAGGAGGACAGGGAGGAGGUGACGGACAUGACCGAGAUCUGCAGGAUCACGCAGAGCGCCAACGGGAACGGGAAGGUGGAGAGGGGAAAGCUGGAGACGGACUCCCCAGGCCAGAGAUCUAAAGCCGGGGAGGGCAGUGGGAAAGCCCCAGGCUCUGGGCCUGGCUUGCCCCAGCUGCUUAACGGGGCAAAGAACGGCAACGCCAAACCACUGCCGGAGGAGCCCGGGGAGAAGAACGCCCUCCUGGAGAUCAGUUACCUGUAACGCAGAGAACGCCCUCCUGGAGAUCAGUUACCUGUAACGCAGAGAAACUGCUCUUCAGUGCCUUGUCUUUCGUCACUUGAAGUGGAAUCGCAGUAUUAUAUUCGAACAAUUAUCCCAAAACCACCCAGGCAUCCCUGUUUCACUGACUGACCACUUCUUUGGACAAAAGACUUUAAUCAGACCCAUCCCUCAACCUCGCCAACUGAAUCAACACUUCUCUUUCUGUGUACAGAAUCUUUGUAGACCUAAUAUUAUGGCCGAUGAAAGGGUACGAUAUGUAAAAAGCUUGGAAAUUUGGGUUUUUGUGACUUUCUGUUGUCUUUUUUUGUGUGUGCAAGUGCUCCAGAGGGAGCAUGAACAGUCAGAAGUUUUGGUGUUUAUUCGCUGCUGUUUCCAAAAAGGGAAAACUAAAUUAAGAGCUCAGGUGUAAUGCAGGAGGAGGAGGAUUAAACAUGGAAAUUAUGAGGAACAGAAUAGAAAUGUCUGUUCAUUGAAACUGCAACACGGUGUGUGCAUGUGAUUUUAGGGCCGAACCAUCUGUGGCCCUCAAUAUCAGUUUGCUUGUUUGCACCAUUUAACCUGCCAAAUCCAUUUAAUUCAGCAGAUGACAAGCUUUUGCCAAAUCACAAAAAGGUUUCAGGCUGAUAUUUAGACUAAAUUAGGCUCUUGAUUCCGGUACAGAUCAAAACUAAAUAGAAAAUAAAAGAAAUGGUUGGGGUUAGGGAUUUGUGUUCGAUGAGCUGAUGGUGGGAGAGUAUUUAUCUCCAGGGGUCAUGAAGGUCUGCUGUCGCUUUACUCAUGUUUGGUAGGAAUAGUCGUCACUUCGUGGGUUCCUCCAUUUCACGGAGCGGGACCACGACAAACGCGUAAAAAGGACGACGGUGGAGGUUCGGAAACUCGGGGAGCCGUCGCUCCCGGCUCAGGUAGACCCCCCCCCAGGCACUCUUCCCCUCGCGUGGGUAGACCAGACUAGCACUACCGACGAGGAAGAAUGCCCUUUUCAUGUUUUCAGCUCUCCGUGGAAUAACGGGAACCGUGAGCUGCCGGUUUUACACAGAAACUCCAUUCGCGUUUUUUGGGCCGGGGGCCAGAGGCAGAGAGACACGUGGGCCGAUACUCCUUCCCGGCAGCCAAGCAUACGGAUAACGGCACACGGAGCCGGAUGAACCGCAGUUUUCAUUUCGGCCGCUUCCAGUUCCGUUCGCUUUCAUUCGCCGGUGGGAAGAGAAUGCCGAUGUGUGUGGGUUUGAUGUUGUGCGAAAAGGGGGCAGCUUUAUUGUAUAUUUUGCAGACAAACAUGGCCGUUUACAGUAAAGGUUUUUAUUCAAAAUAUUUUGUCAAUGUCUGGCACUUAAUCAAAGAGAGUGAAGCUAUCGCUCAGUUAAAUUCAAUAAAAAGUUUUGUGAAAAUUGAA